AUGGGACAUUCAAACGAUAGCUUCAAACCAAACUUUAUUCAUUCCUCAGAUAUUCCUCAAAAAGUGGCGGCAUUAAUACAUUCCAUUGCAUGGUCCAAGAUAAAGUCACAUGAAAUGCAAUGCGAAAACAUUCCUUUUGAAGUCACUGUUAAUGUCGAGUUGAACAUCUUGGCUACGAGGAGCCCCUUGCUGCGGCCAAAGUUUGACAUUUUGCUACAGAAAAACAUGAUCUCAGUUGCUAAGAAACACAAUGUACUAGGUUCUACGAAACAGCUGAAUAGUUACUUGCACGAUAUUCUUCAGCAGAAAGUAACAUCAUUAUAUUCUUCUGCUUCUUCUACUACUACUAUCCAGCCACAUGCAUUGAAAUCAUCAAAUGAGACUUUUAUUGUUCGUUUUAUUCUAAGUCUCAGCGUGAAUAGGCUCAAGAACAUUCAUCUUGUGGAAAAUGAGGAUUACAGUAUUUUAAAGCUCUACGAUCCAAGUGACGAGCUUAUAUACAAAAUCGCAGAGUAUAUUCAGUUGGUAUACGAUAAAAUGAGAGUCAAUAGGGAAGAAGACGCAAAACAUGGAAUCAAUACCGAGGAAGACGCAAAAAAUGGAAUCAAUACUGAGGAAGACGCAAAGCAUGGAAUCAAUACUGCAUUGGUUGCAAAUUCAGAUGCUAGUAGUGACUCAACUUUCGAAGGUAGCGGAGACGAAGAAUUUGACCGUUCCUUUGAGAAUGAGAUAUGUAAGAUAGAGCCUCUUGCGUCGAAUGAAACUUUGAUAGAUGAAUUUAAAAGAAGAUUUAGCGAUAUAAGUGAAGAAGAAAAGCUAUCCAGUAAAAAAAGUAAUAAGUUUUUGGAAAAUUUGAGUAACUUGAGACAUAACGAUAAAGAAGAGGAAGAGGAAAAAGAAAAGGAAAAGGAAAAGAAAAAGAAAAAGGAAAAGGAAAAGGAAAAGGAAAAGGAAAGGGAAAGGGAAAAUGAAAAUGAAAAGGAAGCGGCAAAAAUAAUAGAGGCAACCAAAAGCCAAACAAGAAAUGUGGUUAAGAAGAAUACAAUUAGUGAACCUGUGAGUCCACUUUCGCCUUUAUUCACAUCAAAUUUCAAUUUUCAACAAUUCAAUAUGGACGACUUGGUAGAAGUAGAAUAUGAACAAAACGUCAAUGAGGAUGAAACUUAUUAUAGAAGAAAUUCAAAGGACCAUCGAUUGACAAAUUCGUCGCCGGUUAAAAAUGGCAAUGGGGUAGGAGAAGGAGGAGGAGGUGAUGGUGAAAUUUUUAGAGUGUCACGGCAAUCAUCAUUUCAGUCACCACUGAAACAACGUAAAUCUUUAUCAAGGAUGUCUUCUGGUCACUCAUUAGCCAUGAUUAAUAGCGACGAGACAUUUGGCUUGGAGUACGCCUAUAAUUUGAAUUCAACUGACGUACCGACUUACAUUAAAAAGAAUAAAAAGUUUAAAUUUAUCAAGGUGGGUAAAGUGCAAAAGUUUGUCAACUUGUUCGAAGAACAGAGUCAAGCCGCCAAUCUAGACGAUUCAGUUAGCGCUAGUCGAAACGUGAGUAGAAUGGCUUCAAGGCCUACUUCACCAUUCGGGAAUUAG